AUGAAACAGGCUAACUUACACUCUCUUACACUGGCGCUGGCAGGGAGUAACCAUGCAGGGCUUACAGUCCAUUCAAAUUUCACUCUUUACCGCUUCUGCCCGUUGUCUUCAGGCGCUCAGUCUGGUGUCUGCACAUGGGUUGGCCCUCGCUGGGGGUUUGGGAGGUGGCGCUCUUGGUAUUUCGGUUUUUGGCUAUUAGUCGUUCACAAACGCAAAAAGAAUAUCGCACCUGAUGGGACCUCCAAAUCCGACCCCCUCCUAAAGCAUGAUCAAACACGAAAUGAUCUUCAGAGGGAUAACACUCCCAACGCACCACUCUGUUCCGUUUGCGCAAAACUGGAUCUACGACAGAUUCUCCUUGAAGAAAUCCUGAUGAAAGAUGCGAUUCCGCUCGGCUCACUCUUAUCCAUCUUGCAAAAAUCCGACCAAUGCGGAUUCUGCCGCCUCGUAUCAUUGGUCGUCCGUCGGACAUGGUUGUUGGACAAGUUUCCUGACCUCGAUCUCUCAGGGAUUGAAUGUGGGCUGUUCUCUAUGGAGGCUGGCUGUCUCCGGGAGCCCAGACCCGAACCCAAAAAAUUAUGCCACCGCCUCCUCAUUGAUACAUCACAUCGCCCUCGAGAGAUACAUUCAGCUCUCAUGACAGCGCAUUCAGCGCUAACGCUACACAUUCAAGUGAUGGAAGAAGACGCUUUCAAGUUUGACAGACCGACCGACCUUCAUGGUCGCAGAGUGAACGAUACUGUGGAUGUCAGCCUGGUGAAGAAAUGGAUCGAACUGUGCGAGGAAGGACACGGAGAUAUAUGUGAAAAGGUCUGGUGGGUGGCCGGUGACAGGAGACUGCCGGAGUUUAUGAGAGUGGUGGACGUGGUAUCAAUGGCUGUGGUACCAGCACCUCCUGCCUGUCGUUAUGCCGCCCUUAGUUACCUAUGGGGAGGCAUCGGAGCGGAGUAUUGGACGACGAAGGACAAUAUAGGAGAGCGGUCCACGCCCGGCGGGUUGAACACGGCAAACUUCCCUGAUACCAUCGCAGAUACCAUCCAACUCGUUCGACAGCUUGGCGAGCGUUACUUAUGGAUCGACACUCUAUGCAUCAUUCAAGAUGAUUUGAAGGACAAGAUGAGCCAGAUACACGCCAUGGAUUUGAUUUAUGGAGAGUCUUAUUUCACGAUAUAUGCUGCUGGCGGCACUUCGGCUCGGGACCCUCUCCCAGGGCAUCGUCCAGGAACUAGAACGCUGGAGCAGCACAUCGAGGUCGUUCAAGGGCUUCAUCUUUCUGUGCCUUUGCCGACGCCUAGGGAGGUUCUCACCUCGUCCGCAUGGAGCACGCGUGGUUGGACAUAUCAAGAGCUUAUGCUCUCACGACGAAGGAUAUAUUUCACUAGGCACCAAGUCUACUUUGAGUGCAGACAUGAUAUCUUCUGCGAAGAUCUUGUCGCUGAAAGUAAGCGCCUCGCAUCGUCCAAAACACCGUUGCGGUAUAAAGGCGCAGGAAGAUUCACCAGCGGGGAACCUGGGAAAACAGAUCAAUACAUGAGCAGUUACAUGCCUGCCAUUGCGGAAUAUACGCGACGUAAUCUCACCGUGGAGUCAGACAUUGUAGAUGCUAUCACUGCAUUGACGAAUGCCCUGGCAAAACGUUUUGAGCUUGGUGGCGGUGACCCUGCCAGAGCCUUUCUCUUUGGAAUGUCAUUGAUGGAACUCGAUCACGCGCUUCUCUGGCAACAUCAUCCACACGUUCCUCAGGUUCGUCGUUCUCUCACCGACGAAGGCACAUCACCGUGGCCUUCUUGGGCGUGGGCUGCGUGGCGUGGUGCUGUUCACUAUCAGGGGGAAAACAUGUAUGCCUCGAUCAACACUUUUUCUACCGGGCCAGUAGUAGCAGAGACGCUCAUUGAUGUUUGGCACAUCGUGGACAGUAAUGGUGUUCCAGCGCAACUUGAUGUUCGGCGCAUUUCUCGGGCCUUCAAACUUCCCAAACCACAAGCAGCGAUGAACCCAUAUUCUUCCCCGCAAGGAAUAGACCCAUCUCACCUGACUUUAGAUAUUCAUCGGCCGCUGGAGCCGGGUACCCUAAUUUUCCGCACGACUUCCAGCCGCUUUAGCAUUGCAAGGCGAGAACACGAAGAAUCAAGCUCACGUUUCUAUCACGAUCUCUUCAAUAUUUUCUCCAGUCCAUCUUUCCCUUCCACUUGGGUUGGCAGUGUCAUCCUGCCAUUGGACCCCGCCCCGCCGGAUUCUCUCGAAUUUAUCGUUCUUUCCCGUGCCAGUGCGCCUACUGGCGUGUACGACGAAGAAAAUUUUGGGAAGUCCUACCAUGGAUGCAUGUUAUAUGUGAUGGCGGUGAGUCAGAACGAGGGUUUGAUGGAGCGUGUUGGGUUGGGUAUCAUCCAUGAAACUGCCUGGAUCGCUUCAGGCGCGCAGGAGAAGGUGGUGUUUCUUCGAUGACAGUCACGUAUGGAAGAACAACGUGUGGAGUUAUUAUAUUUGAGAUCAUUGUAGAUAUCUCAUCUUGUUCUCGUUCUCUAUGAUUGUUGUGGUUAUAUAGUAUUUCCUAGCUACAUCAGCGUAUAAUAAUCUGCCGGCUGUUAUAGGACCGAUAUCAGAUGAGUCCGGUAAUGAUGUAUGGAAAGUCCAAGUUGUAUAAGUUCAGGGGAAAUAAACCCCAAGGCGUGCUAAGAAGCGACUCCUGGCAGAUAAGACGAGCUCAGCCAGUCGCCGGAAGACAUGCAACUCUCUUGCUGCCCAAAUGAACCACAAUAUAAACAUGGUUACAACCACGCAUCCACUGACAACUGAUGCCAGCAUGG